AUGCCAAUAAAAGAGCACUUGAAAGCCGUUGUCUUCACUGCCGCGGCUAAGGCAGAGGCUAUCAUUGACACCUAUCCCACGCACUUCUACGACAUCGAGGAGGCUAAGGGGUAUAUCAGAACUACCUGCAAGCAAGCCGGCUUCCAGUACGUCAGCAAACGUAUCAAGCAUGAAGAAUUGGCAUAUGUCAAAGACAUGGUCUGCUUCAUCGUAGCUGCGAAGGCUUUUGAGCAGGGAGAGUUUUAUCUGGAGAUUGAGUUGGAGAAUCGAAGGGCCCUGAGAACGAGCCUUGAUUCGGGAAAGUCCAAGGUCAAUGGCGAAGAGGACGUAGAUGUGAAGUCGCAUGGUAUGGAUGAGACUGCUGUUGAAAGUACUGAGAUCAAGGAGAGAAACGAGGUUUCCAUGUUGGCGUAUGAUAUGCCCUCUACCGGAUCUGCCAUGACACCCACCGGGAUACCCGUCUUCUCUGCUGCCACCGACUUUAGCAACGCGAUCGAUUCAAUCAACAUUGCAAUUACGACCACCAACGCUCUCGAAACCACAACUACUGGGGGUACUAUGUCGGCCUCGAUGUCUGACGAGCCCUCACAGUGCGAACGCAGUGUAAAAGAGAUAGCGCAGGGGAUUACAAUGCCGCCUAUGGUCGAGAUAGAUGACGACCCCUUCAAAGUGAGUUUCUCUUCCAGCCAAAAAUAA